AUGUCUGCCAGAAGCCUAGUCGAGACCUGCAGGAAGAACUUUGCGCGUUACGGAUGCCCCCAGAUCGUUGUCACGGACAACGGGACAAACUUUGUGAACGAGGAGAUGAAGGAAAUGGCGAUCAAGUGGAACUUCAAGCAUUCGACUUCGGCCCCUCACCACCAGCAGGCAAACGGCAAAGCGGAAGCAGCGGUGAAGAUUGCGAAGAGGUUGAUCCAAAAGGCGGAGGAAACCGACCAGGACGUUUGGUACGUCUUGCUGCAUUGGAGGAACAUCCCGAACAAGAUCGGCAGCAGUCCGGCGAGCAGGCUGUUCUCACGCAGCACAAGGUGUGGAGUACCCGCUUCGUUCGAGAAAUACACUCCUCGAAUCGUGCAGAACGUUCCGGAAGCAAUUCUGGAAAACAAGAGGAAGGUCAAAUACUACUACGAUCGAAAAUCUCGCAACUUACCUGCACUGGAGACUGGCUCGCCGGUGUACGUCCAGGCUCACCCCGAAAUCAGCAAAACUUGGACGCCAGCGAUUGUGACCGAGAAACUGAACGAUCGCUCGUAUGUGGUGGACGUGAAUGGAGCUAGCUAUCGCCGAGACCUGACCAACCUGCGACCGCGCAAAGAACCAACAACAAUCCCUCUCGUUCCAGCCCAAAGCCAUCCACCAACCGAAUCAAGUGCUGCACAAACUGGCGCUGAUUUGACAGCUGAACCUGAAGCGUCGUCGCUUGCUGCGAUGAGGUUCGACGAAACUGCAACAACGACAACAACAUCACCCGUUGUCAACCAAUCAGCUGCUGCCACCCCGUCGAACAACGUAACGACCGGCUUCACCGCCUGUGCCACAAUCAGCUUGCACAACACUUACAACAACAACACCAACAGCAUAUCCAGCUCCAACAACAACAAUCCCAGCAACGUCAACACCAACUCCAGCAGCAUCAACAUCAACAACAACAUCAACAGCAUAGCCAGCAUCAACAACAACAGUCCCAGCAACGUCAACACCAACCCCAGCAGCAUCAACAUCAAUCCCAACAACAGCAACAACUUCAUCAACUCCAGCAACCCUAUCAAAACCAACAACAGCAACAUCAACAACUUCAGCAACCAUCUCUACAGCAACACCAACAACAAACAUUUCAACACCUACAGCAGCCGCAACAAGCCCACCCCCUCCAGCAACAACAGCAACAGCAACAUCAACAACAACAACCACAACCCCAUCAACAACAUCAUCAAAAUCUACGACAACAACUACAAGCCCAGUCCCACCAACAACAGCAACCACAACUUCACCAGCAACACCCACCGGCACAGCAGCAACCACAACUUCAUCAACAGCAACAGCCCACCCAAGCUCAGCUAA